UCAGUUGGCAACUGCGUCCACUGGCCGACGUAAUGUGACUGGUGGGGCUAGGACUAGGAGGAGAAAGAAGUGUGGACGAUAGAGAAAGAGGAAGACAUUCUUUGUACUGAACAAAUUAGUUAUCUUCUCAAGGCAAGCUUUCAAGAAAAUCAAUCAAGAUGGUGAACAUUAAACUGCAGAGCUCAGAUGGAGAAGUCUUUGAGGUGGAUGUGGAGAUUGCAAAGUGUUCAGUAACCAUCAAAACAAUGUUGGAGGAUUUGGGAAUGGAUGAGGAUGAGGAGGAAGUGGUCCCGCUUCCAAAUGUCAACUCUGCUAUCCUGAAGAAGGUGAUCCAGUGGGCUACCUACCACAAAGAUGACCCCCCACCACCAGAAGAUGAUGAGAACAAGGAGAAGAGGACGGACGACAUUUCCAGCUGGGAUGCUGACUUCCUCAAAGUGGAUCAGGGCACACUUUUUGAACUGAUUCUGGCUGCUAACUAUUUGGACAUCAAGGGCUUGCUGGAUGUCACAUGCAAAACGGUUGCGAACAUGAUCAAGGGUAAAACCCCAGAGGAAAUCAGGAAAACCUUCAACAUUAAAAACGACUUCUCAGCAAGUGAGGAAGAGCAAGUACGCAAAGAAAACGAGUGGUGUGAAGAAAAGUGAACUGUACGGAAGUUUUUUUUAUAUACGUAUAUAAAGUUAUAUUAUUAGUUAUAAUUUUUAUACAAUUAAGCUGCUAUGGUCUUGAUACUAAAAAAUUUCACUGCAAUGAUUAGAAAGAAUGACAUGUGAAGGCAGUUAAACAAUAAUCUCAGUAAGGCCUGUGUUACUUUCAGCUGUUUGUUAAAUUGUUGUUUUCUUAUUGACUAUCCAGCAACAAAUAAUUUUACCAUGUUUUAUUGUACAUUUUAAAAAGGGUUAAUUUUCUGACUAAAUUCUUAUAACUUUAAACUUUUGUGUAAUUCCAAAUGUGAGCUUUAUUGAAACAAGUAGAUGUCUUUUAACAUAUUAGAAUUCUCAGUUUGUAAAUAUAAUCUUCCUAUGUCAAAAUAAAUAUAUUAAAAUUUUUCUUUAAAAAUG